GCGGAUAUGGGUGUCGUGAUGACCAAUUGCCCUUAUUUGAUACGCCAUCUUUAGGUUUACUGAUGUAGUUCCUGUUGACAAAAAAGUUUGGAGACUCUCUUCCGGGUUAUUUGAAGUACCAUAUUUAUGUUUGUCGAUAACUAAGUGAAUCAGGCUGGAUGAAAAUGCAAAAUACAAAGCCAUAAUACAGCGACAAACAGUUGGUUUGUCCAGUUGUUUCGCAACUCAGCGGUAGGAAUAACAAAAAUAGCUUGUUAAACUGUCACCUUUUUCGUGUGACUUUAUUUGUUGCCAGAAGUCCUACAUAAUAAGACUAUAGAACUCAGCAAGCAUGCCUCCACCUCCACCUCCGCCUCCUGCUCCGCCCUCAGCUCCAGGACCACCCCCUCCAUCUUCAAGUAAAGCCAGUAAGCCAUCUGGCAACAGAGACAGAGGGGCACUACUGGGUCAGAUAAACAACUUCAAAGGAGCAAAGUUAAAGAAAGUACAAACCAAUGAUAGGAGUUCACCAUUAGUAGGGGGUAAAAAGCCUGCAGGGCCUAUGGGAGGAGGAGGACCACCUCCACCUGGUCCAGGGAAGUUUGCUACUGUAGCAGGGCGUACCAGCAAUGCUCAUUCAGAUAUUCCUAACCAAUGGAAAGGCUCACAAGAUGAUGGUCCAGUUGGUGGAGGCCCUCCUGUUGGUCUUGGUGGAUUAUUUGCUGGAGGAAUUCCAAGAUUACCAAAUAAAGGUGGUGCUAAGUUUAAUGUUGGUGGUGGACCAAAAGGUCCUGCUGCUGCUUUUAAGCCACCAGGACGUUCUCCUAAUGGUCCGGUAAAUUUUAGGAAGGAAUCACCAGCAAUGAAUGGACCAUCUUCUAGGCCAGGUGGAGCUCCACCUCCUCCUUCAUCAUCCACAAAACCAAGAUUCAAUUUACACAGGACAAGUAGUAAUGGUGAAAAUUUGGAUAGGACUGAAUUAGCUCCACCCCCUCCACCACCAAGUAAUAAACCAUUUCAUAGGAGUGACGGUAACAUUCACCGCUCAUCAUCAGAAUUUCCUCCGCCACCACCACCAAGCAGUAAAAAACCGAAUUUACAUAACGACAAUAGGAAGAGUGAUAUACCUCCUCCUCCCCCUAGUGGAAAUAAACCUAAUUUUGGUGGGGCACCACCACCACCUCCUAGUGCCAAUAAAUCUAGUGUUAAUGGACCUUCAUGGAAAAAAGGAGGUAGUGCACCACCACCACCUUCCAAUAGUAACAAACCAAAUUCAAAUGGACCAUCAUGGAAAACAGGUGGAACAGUACCCCCUCCCCCACCUUUUUCAUCAAAACCACAAGCUCAAAAUGGAACUUCAUCUGAAGAAAGUCCUAGAGAUUCAAGGUCAAGUAUUGGUAGUAGACCGAGUUCAGGGAUUGCAGGUGGUAUGCCAAGAAACCCUCCUCCACCCCCUCCACCAGGAAGGCCACCUUCAAACAGACCACCAUCAAGUAGUGGCAGACCAUCUAGCAUGGUAGGGAGGCCAUUACCUCCUCCGCCUUCACAGGCUCCUACAGCACCUUCAUCGAAACCUCCCCCUCCUCCAACUAGAGCACCACAAUCAGCAAACCCUCCAUCCAGGGUCAACGCUCCACCACCACCACCUCCUCCAACAAGGACAACAUCUGCAUCACCUGGUACAAGAGGUCCACCGGGCUUAAAGCCCCCGCCACCUCCAAUGAGAGGGCCUUCGACUAAUGGACAUGCUCCACCUCCCCCACAGAGAAGGUCAGGACACUACUCUGGGGGAUCAGAUGAUUUUGAGAACAGAUUUAGGUUUCAUGCAGCUAAUGAACUGCCACCUCCAGAACCAUUCACAGAUUGUAAUAAAACCUUCCCAAGUCGUAAUCCAAGAAAUCCUAAUGAUACAGAUCAAGGUCGACGAGCACCACCACCACCUCCACCCAAAUGAAAAACACAUAUCACUGGUUCAUAGUUCAAAGUGCAAUUCAUAUGGAAGGAUGAUACAGGCAUGUAUGUGGUGUAUGGCAUUAAACAAUUAUGAAGAUGUCUUAAAUUGCAGAUUCAUGCCCUGCAUGCAUCUUGUGAUAUUUAUUUAUGAUGGGGAGGCAGUCAUGUGAUAGUCAUGUGAUCAAGCGAUUCAGUACGGGACUGUUCUGUAAAUGGCUUCAGUAUGAACAAGGAUUCUUUAUAGAGAUGUAAAAUAGUCAUUACCAAUCAGACAGGUGCUUUCAAAGAUUUAUUAUACAAAUUUAUUUAUAGUGAAUUUUCAUGUUUGUGAUGAAUUGCAUCUAAUUUAAGUUAACAUGCUGCAUAUACUUAUCAAGUUUUAUAGAGUUCUGAUGUCAACUAAUAAAAUUAUUGUUGUUAUAUUUUGAUCUGAAGAAUUUUGUUUUAUAGACAGAAUGCACAAAAUAAAGUGUAAAUGAAAUGGUUGAAUAUAAAAAGAAACUGAUAUUUGACUGGUAAAAAUACAUUUUAAAAAAUUGAACAUUUCAUCAAUUUCAUUUUAGAAUGCAAAUGCAUAUAUACCUUGCUAAUUUGUUUUUCUGAUCAGUCAUAAAGUAUACAGAGUAGUAUACAUCACCUUAUUUUGAGAGAAUUUAUAUAUCUUCUCAGAUUGUACAUUAAGUCUCAUUUAUAUGGCAAUCAUUUUAAUUGAUUAUUUAUUAAGUUUCAAUCAUUAAAUUAAGUCAGGAAAGUAGAAAUAAAGGCAAAACAUUUCUAAAAAUAGUCUUUUACCAGUCUUCAGAUAUUAACUCUACCAGACAAGAUUGUAUUGGUAAGAUACACACAGAUCUACAGAUAUAACAUCAUCAUUAUCAUAAGCAUUAGGUAUGUUUAAUAUGUUAUGACGGCUCUUGAUAAAAGCCCAGACCUGCAGGUUAAUGCAGUGAGUAAAACCAUUAAUAAAGAUUAAUUAGUGGCUUAAUCAUAUUUAUCUAGUUAUUAACCAAAAAAAUUAAAUGCUUAGUCAGCAUAAAGUAAACCACAUGUUUAAAUUCAUCUUUAUAUUACAAUUGUAUAGAAGACAGAAGAGUGCUGUAAUGUGAAUAGUUUGCUAAUUUAUUCUUCCAUUAUUUUUACAAUUCUGCCUAUAAUUGUCUGUACUUAUUACUAGGGUAAUAACACUUGUUGUAUUUGCACUAUUUAUUUUAUUGUAAUAUAAUUGCUUUGACCUUUAUAUACAUUGGGAUUAUCAUAAACAUGCAGUCCCAUACAUGUAGGUACAAUUUUGAAGUAAAGUGUUUCCUGGUUGAGUUAAUUUACUUUUCAGUAGUAUUAUGCCUUUCUUUUAAAAAAAAAAGAGAUCUAUCUUAAUUUGAACAGGCAAUUAUAAUCAAUUCAAUAUUUUUAUUGGAAUUUAUAUCUAGGAUUGUGUUUAAGAAUAUGUGACACAGCUACUGGAGUGACCAGUUUUUUAUGGGUUCUUUUGUGGAAACUUUUAUAAAAAUAUCCUUGAUUUAGUCUUUUUGGUGGCAAGAGGUAAACAAAAAUUAAAGUAAAAUAUGGAAAAAUCAGAGGUCAAAGAAUAGAGGCUAUUUGGUUUAAGUAUUUACUUUUGACUGCUGCUUUCCCAUGUAUAUCUAUGGUAUAUUUUAUUUUAUUCCUUUGUAUUAUAACAAGACAACAAUCAGAAAAUAUAGAAAUCAAAAGAUGUGUUUUUUUCCUAUAGUGUGCUGGGCACAAUAUGUACCUUCAGCAUUGGUGAUUGAGUAAAUUAUUUUGAUGUAUUUGACUAAAAGAUAUUUUCAUAGAUGUAAGUAAUACAGUUCAUUUAUCAUGGGCAUUAUAUUGAGUUGGCUAUAAUACAUGCUUUGCAUUCCCCAAUGGAGACCUUUUAUACUGUUCAAAUUGAUAAGGAAACAUAAAAAUAAUAUUUAGACUUUCUGUCCUCAAAAGAAAUGAAAUGAGGGAGAACGAAAUUUUAACCAAGUUUAAUUCUUUCAUGAACAGAUGUGUUCUUUGACAAGACAUUACAGUUUUGGUGUGAAGUUUUCCCCUAUAUAUGAGUUAUACAACAAAAAAUGGCAGCAAAAUAUUGACUAUUUGAUUUGCAAAUUCCUUAAAAAUAUUUUCAAACUGAAAAUGUAUUUUAUAUUUAUCUAUUCAUUGACCAAAAAUAGAAUUAUAUCAUUAAAAAGCUUUGUAAAAUAACAAUCUGUAAAAGUCAUCAGUCUUCACUUGUCCAACCCUACUCUUAAGUUUGUGUUUAUUUAAAAGGUCUCCAUUGUCUUCACCAUUCCGCUUUUUAACCUGUCUCUAUAUAGGUGUGAAUGUGUGUAUAUUUUGCAGAAGAUGUUUUGUAUGUUAGUUGGGUAUUUUUGUUAUGUUUUUAUAAACAUUUGUUAGUUUCACCACACAUGGAUUUGCAAAAUAGGUAAAUUAUAUUUUUCUGCUUGUUUAACAUCAACAUUCAUUUUAAUCAAUGAGCUAUUGGAUUUUGAUGUUUAGUUUUUCAGAUGCAAAGCAGUUUUGAUAGGUUUAUAAGUUAUAAAUGUCAUUAGCCAGUAUUAAAACAUUUAUAUGCAUUUGCAGAUAAAUAACCACAUGUUUUGUAUUUUGCGUUAUUAUUAAAAAGGCCUCUGAUAAACUGUUAUGAAUAAAAUAACCAGUCUUCUUGAAAAAUCCUAUGCAUCUCUUGUAUGUUCUACGAUACAAAAGUUUUGCAGGUGUUAAUAAUUUUUCAUUUACUUUCAUUUCAUAUGAUAUAGAAGUUAAGUAUUUCAACAAAUUUAGUUAUUUGGCAUGGUUAUAAAGCAUAUGUAUCUAAGUAACCUUAAUAGUAAAUUUAUAGCAAUUAAACAUAAAGAUAACCUUAUCAACAUGUGGACUUUUUAUUUGAUCACCAUGAAACAAAAUGUAAAAAAUGAUAUAAUCUCAUUAAAAAUACACUCAUUAGUAAAUGUCAUUCUACCUUGUAUUGAUGCCUGAAUUCUAUUAUUCCAGACUGUGACACAAAGAAGCAUAUAUUUGCAUUGAUGCACAUGUGUCAGUAUGAUUGAAAACUUAACUGAAGUUCAAUUCAAGCAUAUAUGUUAUGCCAUUAAUUUCUAUAAAUGUAUUGUAAAUGCUAAGAAAUUUCUUAUUUAGGCUUAUCAAAAAAAUUUGCUUUGUGGUAUAUUUUUCAUGACAAUUUUUCACCUUCAGUCAAAUACUAUAACAGUGCCUGUAGUAUCUUAUCUCGCUUUCAUUCAUUUUUUUUUUAAAAUAACUGCAAUUUCUACAUCAUAUAAUUCUGAGUUCAAAUUUCAAGAUUGAUAAAAAAAAAUCUGAAAUUUAUUCAUUUGUAAGGAUAUAUGAAUUGGUUUAAUUGUAUCACCUGACAGCCUCCAUGUGUAACAAUACAUUGUGGUCACUUCACCUUUCCAUGACAGCCUCCAUGUGUAACAACACAUUGUGAUCACUUCUGUCACCUUUCCCUGUCAUUGCCACACUUUGUUGAUCUACAAUUCCUUGAAAACAAGCCAGACAGAAAUCAACCAAAUUUGCACCGAUUCUUUAACAGCGUAUGAAGUUGUGCUCUUGCUAUUUUAAUUUUUAGGGUUUCCAAUGCCAAAACAUGGACAUAAACAUUUCUCUGAUAUCUUUUUGUAAAUCUGCAUUUCUUUAAAACGACAUGACAGAAUUCAACCUAACUUGCAUAGAUUCUUCUACAGAACAUGAAAUUGUGCAUUGCUAUUUAAAUUUUUGAUUUGAAUGAUUUUUAGGGGUAAAUCUAAAACAUGUCUUUGGAAAGUUUAAAACCUUUUUGUCGAGCCUGCGACUUUUGUCGCAAAAGCGAGACAUAGCAAUCCUACAGCGACGGCGACAUCCACAAAUAUUCACUCUGUGUUUAAAGUAUUUGAAAUUUUAAUAACUUUCUUAAACUAUCCUGGAUUUGUACCAAACUUGGACAGAAGCUUGUUUAUGAUCAAAAGCUAGUAUCUAGAAGGAAAUUUUGUAAAAAUUUAUUUCCUGUUUUUCCGUAUAUAACUUAUAAAUGGACUUAGUUUUUCUUCCAGUUAACCUUACAUACAGUCUGUAGUUAAAAGUUUUUAAAUCAUUUAUUAGAUUCAUAAACCAUUCUGGAUUUUUACCAAACUUGGACAGAAGCUUCUUACAAUCAAAAGAUAGUAUCUAUAGGAAAAUUUUUAAUAAUUUUUUCCCCAUUUUGUUGAGCCUGUGACUAGCAGCAAAAGUAGGCGAGACAUUGGGUUCCGCGGAACCCUUACGAAUUUUUAUUUUAAUUAUUGGACUCAUUUUUUUAUCUCUUGAAAGGAACAAUGGCUUAAGAUUCUAUAAACAUUUAGAUAUUAUUUAUGGCAGUAUUUAUGUUUUUACAUUUAAUUAUGUCCUAUUUUGAUGUUACUAGAUGAUCUGCUAAAAUAAACCUGAUAUUAAAUCAAUUUGUAUGUUGUACUCCUGAAAUCAUUGUGUUCAAACUUAUCAUUUAUUAUUUUCUUAAAUAGAACUUUGCCUGUCAAUACAACUGGAGCUUUCAACCAUUUAUUAGUGUUAGUCUGUUUAAUUUCCUUGAUUUUAAUAAUAAUAAUAAUCAAUACAAUAUUUAUAAAGCGCUUUUUAUAAUAACAACAAUAACUCUAAGCGCUUCACAUUUGAAAAUAAAUAAAAUACAAAAAUACAUAAAACAUAAAUUACAAAGCACCAACUUACAAGAAUCAAACAAGCAUAUAAAAAUUAAUAAAAUACUAAAAAUGAAAAAUGCAUGUACCCUAAAAUAUACAAAAAACAGUCUAAAACUAAUGCAGUCAAUUUUGCUCUGUCUCUUAACAUUAGCUGAUUAUUAGUUAUGCUGUUAAAAGACAAGAUUAUCUUAUAUUAUAAAGGGGUAGUUGUGUUUACUUAAAAAAAAAAAUUGUUUAAAUUCACUCCUUUUUUUUUAGCAUAAAUAAAUGUAAAAAAAACUUUUGUUUUUCAUUUAUUAUAACAUAAGUAUCAGCAAAUCAGUGUCUUUGUAAAUACAGUCUUUUUUAUACAUUGAUCUAAACAUAAAUUCCUUUUUAAGAAAUCAAACUAGACUAAGUUUUGAUAAUCAAUAAAUUAAUGAAAAUUAGAAUGAAUAGUUUAUUGACCCUUUAAAUUGAAACAAAAUGUAGUGAAUAAGCAGUUUGUUAUUACUUGAAUGUUAUAUUUUGUUUGUUUGUUUGUUAUGAGUGUUAUUUAUGGAUGGUAGUGUAUAUAACAUAUCCAUGAAUCUUCCAAUUAUAUAUGUAUAUAGAAAAUGAACAAUGAUAUAGAUUAUAUCAUAUUGUAAAUAUAAUGUAUAUCUAUAAUAAAUGAUACAAUUUUAA